AUCAUACAGAAGUUGUUGAUGUCCUACUAAAGCAUGGGGCUAAUGUAUUUGAGCCUAGUAAGAGGGAUAAUGGCUUACCUUCACUAUUGGUUGCUGCUAAAAAUGGUUUUGUAAACAUUUUAAAGCUGAUACUCAGAAGAGGUUCAUUGCAAGCAGUUAUUGAUUGCACUGAUAAUGAUGGACGUACUGUACUUUAUAUUGCCUGUGAAGAGGGGCAUGCACGAGUAGUUGAAUUACUACUGGAGUACGGCAUUACUAACAUUGAUAAAAAAUGUGAUAAGAAUGGCUUUAAUCCUCUUGAUAUUGCUGUUGAGAAAGGACAUAAAGAUGCUGCAAUGGCUUUAGUGAAUAGUGUGAAGUGGAAGGAUGCAUUACGUAAUGUUACUGUUGAGUCUUAUAUUAAAAAAUGUUGCCCAUGCAACAGUAAAAGAGAGCCUGUUGACAGUGUUGAGUUUGAGCUCAGUGAAAUUGAAACCUCUAGCAAAAAAGAUGACAAAUUUCUUACACAAUUUACAACUCCAAUGAGAAAGAUAAUUAAGAGAAUGCCAGAUGUAGCUAAAGUUGUUUUUGAUCGCUGCUAUAAGACAGAAGGAUCACCAACUGAUUGUGACUAUAAGAUUACUUUUAAUUUUGAGUUUCUUGAAGAUUUUGAUUUGAAGCAUGCAACAGAACAAAAAUCAAGGAGAAAUAGUGAAGAUCAAACUAAUCAAGUUCAAGGAAAUAAACAUAGCAUGGAAAGGACUCCACAAUUAGCUUACUCUAGUCAGAAUCAUUGCCUGAAUAUUCUUGCUAAUUCACCAAGUGCUCACUUAUUGCAGCAUCCACUUGCUAUGACACUUCUAGAUUUAAAAUGGAUUAAAUAUGGGCAAAUACUUUAUUAUAGUAAUUUGAUAUUUUAUUUUCUGUUUUUGAUUCUAUUGACGUCAUUUGCUCUUACUGUUCCUUCACCAAAUUCUAUCUUAUGUAAGUUAUUAAGGCAAAGCCAACUAGUGAAAUAG